UUUUUAGCUGCCUAUCAUGCCUGGGAGGUACAACUAGAUCACAACAGAUAUGUGAUAAUGGAAAUAUGGGACACUGCUGGCAUUGAAAGACUUGAUUCUGCUUGUGAAUGGUACUGCAGAGGAGCACAUGCUGCUAUUGUUGUGUAUGACAUAACACAGGAAAAGUCAUUUUGGAAAGCAAGAUCUUGGUUACAAAGACUUCAGUAUGAGGCCGGUCCAAAUAUUUUUAAAGCACUAGUAGGAAAUGAAGCAGAUUUUGCAAGCAAGAGGGAGGUGGAGUAUAAGGAUGCUCAAUCUUAUGCACAUGACAAUGGUGUGGAUCUGUUUAUGGAAGUGUCAUCAAAAACCGGUGAGAAUGUGGAGGACUUAUUCUUAACAGUAGGUGAGUUAUAGAUUGGUAGUAUUAGUUUUCAAUGCUCUGUAUACAUGUUCAUGUAUGUAUCUUUUCAGUGAUUUCUUAUCAUCAACCUACAAUGUGUGAUCUCUCUUCCACUGUGUACUGGACAAAAUUCAAUGUACAUGUCCAUUCAUUUAGAUUACUCUGGGAAAACCCUAUGUCGGCUACACUGGCCGGCACCUAUUUCAACGUGUUGCCGACCAUCAGAGCUCAGGUGGAAUCAGAAACUACAUCAAGAGGGAACGUAAUAUGGAGCCAGGGAGCCUUGAAGACCAUUUUACCAUCUUAAAGAAAUGCGCGACUAAACUUGACUGCCUGAUAUAUAUCCGAGAUCUUAAGCCGGUACUCAAUACUCAGUCAGUCUCAAUCAGAGCAAAACUGUUUGUUUAAUUAACAUAGUUUCCUAAUAGUCACAUGUUUUCUUGUCACUUAAAGUAUUUUGCCACCUUGCGUGCAUAAUUGUAGAUCCUUUUACAAUGCAAAAAAUAAACUACACAUUUACUUGACAGUGAAAUCCGACAAUGUAGAUGAAAGCUAUUUUAGGGGAAUUUAAUCUAUAGUUUUGGGAUUUUUCUUGGGUUAACAA